AUGCUGGUCGUCGUCGUCUCCCUCGCUGUCUUCGGGGCCACACUUGCCAUCAACCCCAAUCUACAAUGCGCUCCUGGAGGCAGCGUUGGACCGUGCAACGCGACUUGGCCCUGCGCGACUCCGAGCACCGUUUGCCUGCCGAUCGGCGGCGGCGACUUCGGAUGCUGCAUGCAGAACCAAACAGUCCCGGUUUGCCCCGGCUGCAAGGCCGGACAAUCGACUGGAAAUGGCAGCCCCGGCCAGUUGGUGUGCUGCCCCUCGGACAAGCUUGCCAGCCCCAACUUCAACGUCCACUGCGCUGCCGGCAAGACCAAUGGACCAUGCGGAAGCGGAAAUAGCUGCACCAUCCCCAACUCGCUUUGCGUCCCCACCGAGUACGGUGAUGGCUGCUGCGCCGGUGACGACAUCGUCGCCGACUGCACCCUGACCGAGCCCUACUGCCCGUACAGCGCCGAGCUUGGACCCUGCAUCCCUGGACUGGGCUGCCAGAGCGGCGCCCAGUGCGUCAACUCGAUCUUCAGCGGCCAGGCCUGCUGCCCUAACGGAUCCGUCAUCACCCCC